AAAGAAACACUGUAACGUUUCUAACAUACUACUCACCUCUAAAGCCUAUACUAUAUUCUUUAAAUAACAGCAACAGACUGCUUCUGAAAUGCCAAAUCAGAGAGAGGGGGCCACUGAUGAUUCCCCUGCUGACCUUCCCUGUCUGGAAAAACUUGACUCUCCAACAGGGAGCCCACCCACUGCCUCAUUAUCCACUCUAAUGGAGCUGGAAAAUUGUGUUUCCAACCUGAGUCUUGCACAUGAGAUAGUGGUGAACAGAGACUUCUGCUUUAAACCCCGAAAUCCUUCUACAGACAGCCUGGAGGGUAGAGUGACAGAAAUCGUUCACCGGGCCUUUUGGGACAGUCUUCAGGAGCAGCUGAACAGCGAUCCUCCAAACUACAGCCACGCUGUCCUUCUGCUGCAGGAAGUCAAAACUAUGCUUCAGUCCCUGCUCUUGCCUGCUCACGUCAGACUGAGGUCUCAGCUUGACGAGGUGCUGGAUAUGGAUCUGAUCAGGCAGGAGGUCGACCACGGGGCUCUGGACCUCCACCGACUAGCGGAAUUCGUUAUCAACACCAUGGCAUCUUUAUGUGCUCCGGUGCGCGACCCAGAAGUCAGAGCACUGUGGGAUCUCAAGGAACCUGUGGAGCUCCUGAGGGAGAUCUUCCGUGUCUUGGGUCUCAUGAAGACCGACAUGGUUAACUUCACCAUUCAAAGCCUGAGGCCUCAUCUCAUGCAGCAGGCCAUACAGUACGAGCGGGCGAAAUUCCAGCAGAUCCUGGACAAGCAGCCAGAUUCUUUGAACAAUACCACCGCUUGGCUUCAGGCAGCAGCGUCUGAGGUGGUGUCGCCGUGUGAGGCGCAGUCUGAUUCUCCCGGUCCUGACAGCCGCAGUCCUUUCAGCCCCACCGCUGUCCUCAACCGGGCCUACAUACGUCUUCUCCACUGGGACCCACAGGACCAGAAAUAUCCUGAGACCAUCCUGAUGGAUCGGGCCCGCCUGGAUGCUCUUGGUCAGCGGCUCAAGAUGUUGGUCCUGGAGGCGUCGGUGCUGCUCUUGACUAACGCUCAGUGCGGCCGCGUCGUUUUCUCCCUGCAGGGGUUUGUAGGUAAACUCAGGCAGUCCAUCACUGCCCUGCUGGAGGGCAGUCACACCAGGGAAGCUGACCUGAAGGGGGCCUUGUUGGGGAUUGGGGAGAUAGUAUUGCAGCAGAUGUCCCAAGCGCUGGCUACUCAGGGAGGAGCAGCACUGCCGCAGGAGAGCCAGGAUCUGCUGAAGGGACAAAUAUCUGAGCUGUGGAAACACAACAACCCAGUCUGCGUGCUUAUAGGAGAAAGGGUACAGGGUUUCCUCCAGGACACGCUGCGGGGCGGCCCUGCUAAAAGGAGUCCAGAGCUGCCUGCUCCCCUCGGGCUGCUGAGUGCUGAGCUAGUUGAGCUGGGGACGGCCUUCGGGCGAAUCGUCCACUUCAACCAAACAGUCUUUGGUCCCUUCUAUGCACCCAUCCUCAGGAAACUGCUGUUCCAGCCAGUAGGGGCCGAGGAUGGGGAGGACUCGCGCUAAACUGAGGCUGACCCUUUCAGUUUGUAGCUACAUUCUUAGGCAAUUUAAAGAAACAAAGGCACAGAACCAAAAUCCCGUGUUGCCUUAUACAUAUUUACUGCCUUAAAAAAAAACAAAAAAAAAAAAACGUGAAAGAAAUUUUAGUAAUUCUGACCCAGGUGAAAGCUAUAAUUAUUAUAUUUAGCCAUUUUAAGACGCUGAAUGUGAAUGAUUUUAGAAAUCAGAGCACCAAAGAACAUAUGCUAAGUCUGUAAAUAAUACUUAAGCUUUAAUAUGUAGCUCUUCAUGUUGAAAAAUGUUUAUGAGUAACUUACCAAAGACAGCAUGCACCUUUUCAAUAUUUUUAUUAUUAUUAUUUUUUUCUUCUUGAAUCAAAAAUAUACUUGUGUUUCUUUCAGUCGCUGACAUUGGAGAGGGUAUGUGCUACUAAACAAAUACCAAAGUGAUAUAUUUUUUCCACCAGCCAUUCAAAGACAUGAAAACACGUGAGCUUGAAAGAAAUCAUCGUUCACCUUGUUACAUUUUAAGCAAUAUUUCAGAAAAAACUGUUACAGGAUGCACAUACAAUGGGAUAAGUUAAAUCCUAAAGGGGUCUUAUUUUAAAAUCUGUAUUUUUUUUUUCUUUUUAAAAAAUACUAAAACGGUUUUUAGUAUUUUCCCCCCAUUACAUGUUAUUGUAGUGAAGCUUACAAGAGUCCUGUUUUAAAUGUAUGUACACGCUAACUUUUCAAAUGUUUGGAGUGACUGUGCUAUAGCUGACUGCCAACAAGGAAAGGAAGUGUUCAGAAACCAGUUUGUGCCCUUUUAUUUGCUUCUGGCACUAUUUUUGUAACCCAUUAACAAACUGUAUAAAAAAGAUGGACAUAGCCCUGGGGUCUAUAAAGUAAAGCCAGUGCAUAAACGCCUUAAACCUACAUUCUUUAUAAUGGCCAGCAGGGGCCAAUUCUGGAAGCAGCCAAAAAAGUCAGACAGUGUACAAGUGAGAAAAACUGCAGUUCCUUUAGUGACCACUUGUGUCUCCAUUGACUCUCAUGUUUAAUCCACAAGCUUGGUACAAAAACAGAUUUGGUCACAACUAUACAGUUUUUUUUUUCCUGCUCAUACAGUAAAUAAUAAUUAUAAAUGCAGAAGCAGACAGUUGGUGAUUUCAUUGGUCGCUACCUUAGUGAUGCACCCAAUUGUGAUGAUAUGAUACCUGGUAACUUGUAUCUCUUUUUUAAGAAAAGACUUAUUAUACUUUCAAACAUAUUUUCCAUAAAUAAAAUGUUAUCCGUCUAAUUUAUUCAAAUUAGUCUUAUUUUAGUUCUGCGAGUGACCACUGCAUACUGUCGUCCUUUAUAGUGACACUUCUCAAAGUGCCUCGAGGCUACUACUGCUGUGAUUUGGCGCUCUAUAAAUGAAAUUCAAUUGAACUUCUCCUUUACCUGCUGUCACUGUGAGCACACCUUUUAUGCAUGCGUGGGGUAAAGCCAAUAACAGAAACAUGAGAUGAAAUAAUACCACAUGGAGUUGACAACAUGUUACUGUAUGUUACUGUAGUAAUGCAAUAAAAGCUUUUUAACAAGUGUUACACUGAGCAUAACAAGAGUGAGGACCAGCGAGAGUGGGCAAACAAGAGAGAGAAGCUGAUAGAGAAAGCAUCUGUCUGAGCUUUUCAGCAAAUAAGUUAACUUAUAAGUCAUAAAUAAACUGCUGUUUCUUUGCUUUUAGCUUCCUCCAUGUUAGCUUCCAUGCUUUUGACUCAUGAAACACAGAAAUGAAAUUAAUUCAGUAAAAUAUAGAUUUAAAUUGAACAGAAUGACCCAUUGGUAGCAGAUCCAAAUAUCAGAUCAAUCCACCCCUAUCUACAUCCAUCUUUUAUAUUCAGUCAAUCAAUUUCAGUAAAGAUAAAGUUUAUAUUAACUUUUCCCAGUGUUGCUUUAUUGUUUUCUAAUACUUCAUGCUACAGUCACACUAGGUAAAGCAGUGGUAGGAGACCAUGGCACGACCAAAAUUAUUGCAUCACAUGGAAUCUUACUGCCUUUAAAAUGGUUACUUUAAAGACAGGGAGCACGUCUGCAGUCAGGUAUCUUCAAAAUGACUUUGGUGCUUCAAGAAAGCGCUAAAACAGCACAGCCAGUCUGCUAUCAGUUUGUGGCUGAAUGGAGUCAAGUUGGCAGUUACAUUGCGUUUGUGAAAAUACAGCGAUUAAAUGUGAUAAAUGAGUGAAAAUCUCAAAUGCUUCAGGAAUUCUCAUUAAACAGAAACCGACAUUAACUUAUAUUCAGUGGGACCCAGUAAGCUCCUCAUAGAUUUGAAAUUCCUCCUCAAAUACUCACAUAGUUGCUGCAGGACAGCAGGCAGGUUGUACUCAUCGGAGUAGACUAACUCAGACUGUUUGCCAGUCUGUCUGCGCUUAUAAAUUAAAUGGCAAUUAUUUGACUUUCUGGGGAUUAUCGGUGACCAAUGCAGUCGUCUUGCAGUCCAGUGUGCUUGUCCAGAGGUUUAGGGUGCUGCUCGCUCAACCUCUAGUUGACCACUUGGUCGCCACAACUAUAGUCAAUCAGUCUCCAGUUACAAAAAAUAAAUAAAUGAAUGGAUUCAAACACAAAGCAAUGGGCAAUUUUUUCCUGCUUUUACUCUAGUGUGACUGAUCUGUUAGGUUUGAGAGCUAUGCAGAAUGACCCAACGUGCAUUUUAAAGAGUCAGCUUUUCAUUUUCUAUUUAAAAUAAAUUUAUACCCAUAGCUGGAAUGUAGCUAAAAUAAAACAUUUCUAAAACAAUGUCAGUUUUGAAGAAUUGUAUUCAUAAGGUUAGCAAAAACAUGCAGAAAAAGGACAGGUAAUUCUCAUUUAACUUUGACUUUGCUACACCUCCCAACAGAACUGAUAAACAUAUACCUGACAGAAAAAUGUUUCUUCAUGUUGUGCAAAUGCUACGUUCACUGUGUUGAAUACUGAUGUGUGUGUGUGUUUUCACCAGGCACCUGGAUGCUUGGCUCUGACUUGAAUGCAGUUGGAGACAUGAGAGACACAGAGACUGGGGGCUAAUCGUUUGUUUAGAAUAAAAAGUUGCACCACCCACUAAUCUCUUUGGCAGGAGAAAGAGUGAAAGUAUAAUUGUACAUUAAUUACCACGUUUGUUGUAUUUGUCACUUUAAAUUUUAAACAGCUGGUGUAAUGUUUCUGCUUUUAACUACUCAGCCAUAUAAAAGAAAUCAAUGCUGACAACAGACGUGAGAGGGAUUCUUUAGUCUUUGUAUUAUUUAAUGUCAUUAAUAUAAUAUUGCUUUGAAAUUUGAAACAGUAUCACAUUUUCAUUGACAAACCAUACUCUGUCCAGAAACAUGGGCAAAGCAUUGUAUGCUGGUACAGUUUUUUUUUUCUUUUCCUCUACAUUUUGUUACCCUUUAAUAAUAAUUCCCACAUUUUCAAUAGACCUGAAUCAAUAGAAAUGCUCAUUAAUGGUCUAUAUCAUUAAUGGUCUACAGUGCUCUAAACAUUACAGUACCUACAUAACAAGAUCAGAAAGUCACACGGAGGCCAGGAAAUAGACUUGACCUUUCUGAGUGACCUUUCUCAAGACAAGAGUGAUACACAGGUCCUGUUUAGCCAGUGAUGUGGGAUUACCAGUUUACCUUUUAGUCUGUGUUGGGAUUCAUCUCAGGGGCAGUGGAGGAGCAGGGGAUAUACGGAGUGAGAUCUAAAUGUCAGAGUAAGCGCUGGUUUGGCCCUGCACAUUGCAUAAGGCUUACCUCUCAGUUUCUCUCUACCUCUUUCACACUGCUCUGCCCGCUAUAACUCAACACACACAAAUACACUCGCAUCGGCUGCUCCCCUUCAACUCACAGCUUGGUAUCCGGAAACUUGAACGCUGGGGCGAGCUACACAAGGAAAACACCAAUGUUAAAAAGAGCGGUUACAUGCACAGCGAUAUCAUGCCACCAAAACUUGCUUUAUAUAGCUUGCUGCUCAUUUAAGUGUAAUGCUUUCAUAUUGUGCAUCCAUAAUAGAGCAGGUUGUUUCGGUGACACACAGAAUGGAAGAACAUACGUGACAAAAUGUUGGACGACGAUGGCAAAACGGAGGGAUGAGGGUGAAGCGCUGAGUUGGCGUGUGACGGGGAGAGGGAACGUAAAAAGCGAAUGGCAAGUGAGUGAGAGGAGACGAGACACUGCUACGGUACAUACAGAGAGACUGCUCAGGCCAAGUGCAUCAAAGGGUACGAAAACACAAACACACUGCCAACAUGCAAUCGUCAGUGGAAGCUAACAGUUAACAGUCAGAAACAGAGUGGCAAUGACACAGCCACGGUACCGCACGCAGGCCGGUUACACCGUAAUAAAAAAAAUAAAAUCAGUCAGCCUCCACGAGCUCAAUCCUUCACUUCUCCCGCAGCACACAAAAAACAAGGACAGUGGCCAGUGAUGUAAGAGUCCAAACUCCCAUGAGGACAGACAGAAACAAGGCAUACAGCACGCACAGCAGGUAGUGCACACAGGGGAGAACCCACAGAUAUGUGUCGACUUCACGACGACCUUUUUUUUUCAGUCACAGUGCAGGAGGAAAAUCUUUUAAGGAAAAAAAUAAAUGGUACCACGCUCUCAGCAUUACAAAUCCACUCGCAGUAACACGACACCAGAGCAACAUUUAGAUUUGGCUCUUUUAAUGUAGUGGAAUAAAAUCUUUUCACCCCCUCAAAGUAACAUACUUUGCAUGUACUGUACCUAAUUCUAAAUUGGAGUGAAACAGCAUGGAUACCUACUCAAGUAAUCAUGAUAAUAAGAUGCUAUGACGGGAAAUGUGCAUCAGAUUGUGCUAGAGGCUCAUUAAUACACCCAAUAUUCUUUUUUUAAACUUUGUUUAUGUUUUGGUUUUUUUGCCUCUGGUAGUAAUGUUGGGAUUCUUUACAAUCCCUUCUUAAUCAUUCCCCCCAACCUGCAUUUCAGUUAUGCCCCGUCUAUCAAAAAGUAUCACAAAAAUCCACUAAUGUCCCAUUUGCACCAUAAGAAAAAAAGAAAACAAGGUCUUAAAAGGGAUAGUGCCAUGUUUUUAAACACAGUGUUUCUUUUCAUUUUUUUUCUUUGCUUAAACUGACAAUAAGAAGAAGCUGUGAUUUUCAGGCUCUCAGUGCUACCACGACUGCUGAGAGGCACUGGGCAGUACAAGGCCAGAGCAGACUCAUCCUGACAAAAACUGUACCAUCUCU